AAAACGAAGAACCCUAACCCAAAAAAUUCCCAAAUCAAAUCUUUCUUUUAGCAAAUUAAAAACCCUAAACCGCUGCUUCUUCUGCUGAAAUCGUGAUUCUCGUUUCAUUCGGCUGCGAUUCUCCUUACAGAUAGUUGAAGACAGUUUGUUCGACCGGUUCGAUUGAAGAGAAUGCUGAAUUUGAAAGAGGAAGAGGUGAAUCGUUGUCAGAUUCAGGAAUGGUAUCCGAAUUUCAAAUCUGUAUCCAUCAAGACCAUAAUUCAUCAGCUUCCCGAAUCUUUCAUUCAAUACCUUCUUGAUGACUCUAAACCCUUCGUAUUACCUGUUUCUAUCUUAAACGAAGAUGCAUUGCCGAAUAGAAUUCAUAAUCCUAUUGACGAAGAAGAUUUUCGCGUGUCAGAGGAAUCAUCUGAUGAUGAAGCAGAAGAAACUUCUCCACCGCCUUCUUUUCCAGAACUCGAGUUAAAAAUUAAGGAGUCCAUCGAGUCACUCGGUGGGGCAGUGUUUCCCAAGUUGAAUUGGAGUGCUCCAAAAGAUUCAGCGUGGAUAAGUACUUCUGGUACCCUUCGUUGCACUGCAUUCACUGAGAUCGCACUUCUGUUCCGAGCAUCCGACUCAUUAGUCCAUGAUUUAUGUCAUGCUUAUGAUUCAUGCUCGGAUAAGUUAUCGUCUAGACCACAUAAUUUCUUCCUUGCUCUACGUAAAUGGUAUCCGUCCCCUAAGCCAGACAUGGAAUUUCGCUGUUUUGUUCGGAAUCAGAAAUUAGUCGGAAUCUCUCAGCGUGAGGUUACUACUUUCUAUCCUGUUCUGGUUGAAAAAAAGAAUGAUCUCUUAUUACUGAUACAAGGAUUUUUCAACAAUUAUGUUAGAACUAAAUUUAAGUCAGAAAACUACACAUUUGAUGUUUACAUUACAAAUGAUGAGAGAGUUAAGAUUGUGGAUUUCAACACUUGGGGUGGUUUUACAUUGUCAUUGUUGUUUACAUGGGAUGAAUUGGAGCAUGUUCAUAGCAAAAGAGAGUUUCGAAUUGUCGAAGAUCGUUGCGGUGUUCGGUCGGGACUUAAAACAGCAGUUCCUUAUGAUUACUUGGAUACAAGUCUAGGAAGUGGUUGGGAUCAAUUUCUAAGGAAUGCUGAUGAAGAGUUAAGAGAACAAUUUAGGUCUAGUGAAGCUGGUGCAUGAUGAUAAAUUCUUGUUCUCAAUUCAUAACUUUGAGAUAGCAAAUAGAAUGAGUGAAGGUUUAUUUUGGUACUAGAAUGUACUAGACGUUAUCACAAUAGUCUUUUAAUGUAUUAGAAUUAAAAAAUAAAAUAAAAAACGUAAUGUCUUUUUCGUUUGUCAGUUUGAUUAUCGAAUGUGUCUUUCAUUAA